AUGGGGCGGCAGCUCGCAUGUCUUCUCGCGGCUGCUUUUGUGGCCACCGCGGCGGCAGUGGUGCCGCUGUCCAAGUACGGCGGGAUAACCCCGCGGGCACGGUUGAUAAUGGGGAAGCGGGAUGAGGAGUACUGCGGCAAAAAGAAGUGCGUGAACGUCAAGUGUGACAGCCGCUGCCCCGACCAGUGCUUCGUCCUCUGCCCCAGCUGCAAGACACUAUGCAUCUGCGACUUCUACCCCGGCAUCUCCUGCGGUGACCCGCGCUUCACGGGCGGCGACGGAAAUAACUUCUACUUCCACGGCAGGAAGGAUAAGGAUUUUUGCGUCCUCUCCGACGCCGAUCUCCACAUCAACGCCCAUUUCAUCGGCAGUCACAACGUCGACAUCGGACGUCACUUCACCUGGAUCCAGGCUCUCGGCAUCCGCUUUGCUGACCAUCGUCUGCUGGUUGGCGCCAAGAAGACGGUGAAAUGGAACAACGACAUCGACCGUCUAGAGAUGGUCCUAGAUGAUGAGACCAUCGACAUUCCCACCAAGCUCGGCGCGCGGUGGGAGUCCAGGGCGGUUGCGGGUCUGAGCGUCACGAGGACCUCCAUGGCCAACGGCGUUCGGGUGCAGCUCGCGGGUGUGUUUGACAUCAUGGCUAGCGCGGUGCCCGUCACGGAGAAGGACUCCCGCAUCCACAACUAUGGCGUGGCGGAGGACGACUGCCUGGCUCACUUGGACAUCGGGUUCAAGUUCCAUGACCUUACCGACAAUGUGCACGGCGUGCUUGGUCAGACAUACCGCUCCGACUAUGUCAACAAGCUCAGCUUGCGUACUAGCAUGCCGGUAAUGGGUGGUGCAACCAGCUACAUAUCCUCCGACAUCUUUGCCACCGAUUGUCCAGUUGCUAGGUUUGGUCGCCAUGAUGCCAUUUCUAUGGUAACAACCAGGGAUGGUUAA